UUGCAAUUUCAAGUUUGGACGAUGAAUCAUGAACAUAUUCGAACGGCGUGAUAAUCCAUUACAUUUAUCCACUCGCAUUCAAUAACCCGAAUUGAGCUCCAUUUUCUCUUCCGAAGAAUCAGAAGCGACUUCCCCAUUUCUGGCAACAAAUAUGAGCAAGAAUAAGGUUCUGGUAUUGGGCGGCACAGGUUACUUAGGUCAGCAUCUUCUAUCAGGAUUUUCCGACAUCGAUGGAGUUCCAUAUGAUCUCGCAUUCACUUAUCACUCCUUUGCGCCUGAUGAUUUGGUGCGAGCUCUUCCUCAUCUGCUCGCUUUUCAAGUUGAUUUGAAAUCUGGUCAAGGAUUCGAUGCCAUUCUCCAGAAAUUUGGCCAGCCCGAUAUUGUUGUUAAUUGUGCUGCUAUCUCUGUACCUCGUGCCUGCGAAACAGACCCUGCUUCUGCAUUGUCUAUCAACGUGCCUACUGCUCUUGGAAAUUGGUUGUUGAGCUUUGAACAGAUGAAUACACUUCUCAUUCAUCUAUCAACUGAUCAAGUUUAUGAAGGCAUGAAAUCAUUCUACAAGGAAGAUGAUGAAACCAUUCCUGUGAAUGUGUAUGGGAAGUCAAAGCUAGCAGCUGAACAGUAUGUUUCUGAGAAAUUUUCCAACUUUGCAAUCUUGAGAUCUAGUAUCAUUUUUGGUCCUCAGACCAUCUCGCCUGUUCAUAAAUCUCUGCCAGUUCAGUGGAUCGAUGCUGCUUUAUCUAAAGGAAGUGAAGUUGAAUUCUUUCAUGAUGAGUUUCGAUGUCCUGUGUAUGUCAAGGAUGUCGUGAAUGUCAUAAUAACAUUGAUUAAGACAUGGAUAUCAGAGGGCAAGCAAAUGCAAUUGGUGUUAAAUGUUGGUGGACCAAAUCGCUUAUCACGUGUUGAAAUGGCCGAGACUGUUGCAGAAAUUAGAGGACAUAACAAAUCAUUGAUCAAAAGAGUGUCUGCAUCAUCGAUUGAUCGAGGGGUAAAAUCCCCUGCAGACAUUUCAAUGAACAUCAGUAAUCUGGUUCAGAAACUUGCCAUUUCUCCUGUUUCAUUCAAUGAAGGUGUCAGAUUGACACUUGCAGCCGAGACUAAAGAGUGAUGUUCAAUAUAACCAACCACUUGUUGCUUUGGUUUUGAAGACUCAAUGACACUUAUUUGGUUAUGAAGGUCAGUCAACUGCUUCAAAUGCUGCAAAUUAAAUUAAAACCUUUGAAGAAGAUG